AGGAGAAUGAGUUGGACCCAGACUCCUCCAAGUACAUCCUCUCAUAUAUAGGAGACCAGUUCUGUCAGAUGGUCACCACUGAGAACACUGCUGCUACAUGGAUCAAAAAAGAUGCCAAGAUGGCCUGGAAGAGGGCUGUGAGAGGGGUCCGGGAGAUGUGUGACGCGUGUGAAGCCACCUUGUUUAAUAUUCACUGGGUCUGCCACAAAUGUGGCUUCGUGGUUUGUCUGGACUGUUACAAGGCAAAGGAGAGGAAGACCUCCAAAGACAAAGAGCUGUACGCCUGGCUGAAGUGUGUCAAGGGACAGCAGCACGGUCACAAGUACUUGAUGCCAACACAGAUUAUCCCAGGAACUGUUCUGACAGAGGUGGUGAGCGCCAUGCAUCUUUUCAUGGAGAAGUACAGCAUCAGGUCUCCCUGUGUCUGUACUGGGAAACACAACCCUCUACUCAGCAAGCUGCCUGCUACCAACGGAGUCUCUCAGGUUCUCCAGAACGUGUUAAACCACUGCAACAAGAUCUCUCUAUGUAACGUGAAGACCGAGCAGCUGAACCCCAUCCAGGGUAAAGCUGAGACUAACGGAGGCUCCAGCCCUGCCUCGGACCCCUCCUCUGACUCCAAACUGACUCCUCCGGAGUCCCAGAGCCCUCUCCACUUCCUGGCUGACCUGACGGAACAGAAGUCACGGGAAGACAAGAAAGAGAACAAGGAGUCUCCUCUGGGUAAGGUGGGCAAGGAGGAGAAGGUCAGUAGCCUGGAGUCUCUCCACUGUAAAGCCUCUAGCCUGGUGUCUAACAUCACAGAACAGGGCUCUACUCUAAGAGACCUCCUGACGACCACCGCUGGUAAACUACGUCUGGGCUCGACUGAUGCUGGCAUGGCCUUCGCUCCUGUAUACUCCCCCGCAGCACAGAUGGGGAAGGGCGGCCGUAGCAUGCCCAACAUCCUGGAUGACAUCAUCGCGUCCGUGGUGGAGAACAAAAUCCCUGCCAGCCGAGGAGCCAAGCUGAGUCUGAAGCUGGAGGCCACCACCACAGAGGACAGGGAGGUGAAGACAGAGAGGAUCGAGAGGAAGAAGCAGCCUGGGACUGGGACAGGUCCUAAGCCUGGGACUGGGACAGGUCCUAACCCUGGGACUGGGACAGGUCCUAACCCCGGGACUGGGACAGGUCCUAACCCCGGGACGGGAACAGGUCCUAACCCCGGGACGUGA